GUCGGGGCGCGGCGCGCGGGCGCAGGUCUAUGUCGCGGGCGGCGGCGGCGGCGGCGGCCGCGCAGGGACGAUGCGCGAGUACAAAGUGGUGGUGCUGGGCUCGGGCGGGGUAGGCAAAUCCGCCCUGACCGUGCAGUUCGUGACCGGCACCUUCAUCGAGAAAUACGACCCCACCAUCGAGGACUUCUACCGCAAGGAGAUCGAGGUGGACUCGUCGCCGUCGGUGCUGGAGAUCCUGGACACGGCGGGCACCGAGCAGUUCGCGUCCAUGCGGGACCUGUACAUCAAGAACGGCCAGGGCUUCAUCCUGGUCUACAGCCUGGUCAACCAGCAGAGCUUCCAGGACAUCAAGCCCAUGCGGGACCAGAUCAUCCGCGUGAAGCGGUACGAGAAGGUGCCGGUCAUCCUCGUGGGGAACAAGGUGGACCUGGAGGCCGAGCGGGAGGUGUCGUCCACUGAAGGCCGCGCGCUGGCUGAAGAGUGGGGCUGCCCCUUCAUGGAGACCUCUGCCAAGAGUAAGACAAUGGUGGACGAGCUCUUUGCGGAGAUCGUGAGGCAGAUGAACUAUGCCGCUCAGCCCGACAAGGACGACCCGUGCUGCUCGGCCUGUAACAUACAAUAGCAUCCGAGCCCGGCCAGGAUGGACAGGGCUCCGCCGGGCAGCAGUGACCUCGUCUGCACCACUGCGGUCUAGGCAUGGUGUGGCGGCCUCAGGCCGGAUGGCCAGUUGGUGCCUCUGAGGACCUGUGGGUUCAGUGACUGCAGUCCCCACCCCUGACUGCAGGCUCCUGUGCAUCUGAAGACCGAAGGCACCGCCUUUGAGCUACAGGUGAUCUCACUUGAAGCACCGAUGGCCACUGGGCUAACAGAAGCCACUGUCGUGUACAUUAAAAAUAAUCAUGAGAGAGAAACCAGAAGAAUUCCUAUGAUCACUAAUGAUUAAAAUAUUUUGUUGUCUUUAAAAAAAAAGUAAAGGAGAAAUAUUUUCCUACAAGAAUACUAAGUCGGGAAUGGAUGGUCCUUCUAGCCAGUGUACUCCAUCCAGUAAGGCAGCGUUACAGGGAAGCCUCUUGGCUGACACGCGUCUGUUUUUCACACUGAUGCUUAACUGUAGAUGUUCUCCUAAUUGAUCACCCAACGCAUCAGUCUUCAUGAGAGUGAAAGACAGAACAAGGCUGUGUGAAAAUCCAGCCUGGCUUUAGAAUUUGUUGAAUCACCUAUUUUGCCACAGAAAAUAGUCUCUCAUGAAGGUUUAUGAGAAUUGACGUGCACAUCCACCCUCUGAUAACAGAGCAAGGAUGGCCUUUAUUUGCUGAUCAAGAAAGAAGUGACUGAGAUGGAGAGAGUGCCUAGCCUUACUAACAAGCAGUGUAGAGUAACCCGAACCAUCGCAGAAGGAAAACGAAGCCAUGUUAUACCCACAUGCUCCCGUUUGCAGACACCUCACAGGACAGGACAGGACAAAUCUGGCAUUUUUUCUGUGUGUGUUCAUGAACGCAGCUGUUAAGGGCUAUGGUUGUGAUGAGACCCUUUGGCUCACCUGCUUUGGAAAUCCACUUUGCUGUAACAGAGCUUUAUUGUAGGCAUUAAAAAAAAAAUCAGAUUGAAUAACCUGUGAAAUAAUUUGAGCUUAAAAGUAGAAAAAAAUUAUUUUAGAGUGGAAGGGAAGAAACACAAAGCCUUCUCUCUUCCUUUUCCUGGAGAAUCCGGGAGGUUCUCCUGCACCUGUUUUGCCCUGGUUCCUGAGGGGCGCACACUGCCAGAGGGGAUCUUUUGCUUUGAAGGGUGCUGAAGCUCGGCAGUUUCGGUUUUUAUGGCUGUGAAGUGUUUUAUCAUUUACAUGAGUGAUGGCACAGGAAAAAAAGUCUAUUCAGGAAUUUCACAGUCCCGGGUGGAAGGGUUCUCCCCUGACUCGGGAGCCGGGAGUGCUGGGGAAUGUCCUGAGCCCACCCUCGGAGACAGUGCGCCCUUCAGAACGGCAGUGUCCCCAAGCCUGAUGUCCCUAGCACACACGCCUUCUUGGUUCCACAGUCUGAUGCAAGUAUCGCUUGGUCUCGUGCGUCACUGAGAGUGUGUGUUUGUGUGUGCAUGUGUGUUUAUUGUUCCUAAGAAUUUGGCACAAUGCAGAGAUGAUUGCCUCAACUGAGAAUCUAGACUGCACAACAUUAUGUAUAAGCAGACUUUUUUUUCUUUAAAUUAUUAGUCUCUUCUAAGCCGUUGGAAUCCUACCAAGUAUUUAGUGAUUGGCCUUAAGCUUAGAAAAAGGUCAUUGGAGUUUGUCAAAUGUGAGGAAAAAAAAGUAAUGUGAGUAAAAGCUAGUCAUGGGUGUUAGAAAGUCUUUGAGUAUUUGUGGUCCUCAGUGUCAUUUUCUCCAGUUAGGACAUACCACAGUUAUAGGACAAAAAGUUCUAACCAGUUUACUUGGGAAAAAAAGUCCAUUAUGUAAAAGUUGAUUUGACUCGGACAUAUCGAGAACUUGGACGCAAGAACUCUGUUUUAUCUGCUGCAGUAGAAAUGUUAGUACUUUGACCUCUGAGGCCUCUCACUGGUGAGACUAAUUCUGAUUUUUAGACUCCCGUGAUGAAUAGCAGGUCAUAUUGCUGCGUAUUAGAAGCGCCUGGACAGAGGCCACAGCCCCACCUCACAGGUGGCUGCAGAUAUGACAGUGGUAACCCGUGGGAAGCCUGGCGAGGUGUGAGGUGGAAGUGUUUGUCAGACGUUUGCGCAGGCUUUUCCCGUGGGGCAUUCAAGAGCCAGCGGCCCUCCAUAGAGCCCAGGCACUUCCACGAGCCAAACCGUGCCACGCCUUCUCCCUGCUCCUCCAUGUGAAUCCGCCUGUUAUGCAUGAUGUUUCCCCAGGACAGGAAAUGACACUCGUGGGCACGGGAGGUAGGGAGCAGAGGAGGGCUGGCCGCUCGCUCCUGAAAGCCCUGGUGCGUCUAGCAACUAGAGAAAGGAAAAGCUUGUUCUAACAUGCCUUAAAAACGUUAUGGUUUGACCCAAAGACCCACUGUUUCUUUAGCUGUUACUUAGUUUUCUUUGCAUUGAUUUUUACUCCUGUACAGAGGCAGGUCUUUUCAGGUUUCCUUUCCCGUGGAACCUGCGGGUUCUUUGAGGCUGUGGUAGCAAUGGCAACCGAUGCCUCCGUGUUCAGCUUCCGCAAAACUGGCCAGUGUCUGCGGGACGCCUCGGGGCCCUUUCCUUACACAGGAACCCUCUGCCGUGGAGAAGCAGGGUUUGACGCACUCACCACAGUUGCCAUCACUCCCUGCGGUCAGACUACUGAUGCUCGCUCCUCUGCGUCGCCCUGGGCGUCUGCUGUUCGCUUCCAGUGUGAGUGCUGCUGGUGAAUGUGAAGGUACUCUGUGGUCUGCUGCUGGGGGGCCGUGUGGGUUCCCGGCUCUCCCCUGGCAGCCCCCCCCUUAACACUGGUGAAGCGCUGUCUCCUCAGCCAAUCAGAUUUAAAGACUGCGGGGACCUUUUGUUGUUUAACGUGCCGUGGCACAUCUAUUAAACCUUGAGCAGGGUUUCUAGAAUGGCUGUGGUAAAUUUUGGAAACAGACUUAUCACUAUCGGUUUGGGGUUUCCCAGAGAUACACUUCACAGUUAAUUGUUGAACUCUAAUACAACUGACCAUUUAAAAUCGAACAACAGUUUAUUGUUUUGUAACAGUGUCGGGUAAGCCCUGACAUUUCAAUUGAAACAUGAAUUGUAGUUAUAACUCAAUGCAAAUUCAACAGUUGUAUUUGGAGUUAAAUUAUUUUAACAAAUAAAUUUAUUUAAUGAAA